CGCAUUAAAGUAGUAAACAAAUAAUUUCACGUGUUGAAUAUUGUUUUCACAUGUAACAUCAGCCAGUGGAAACAAUCUUCUCUUGUUUCAUUCGAAUUUUGGUGUGUGUUUUAUUUUAUUUUUUCUUGUAUUUUGUACAAAUUUCGAAGAGAUGGGCCGGCGACUUCCAAAAAGUUCUAAGCAUAAAAAAUUAAAAUUUGUAGAUCCUUGUUACAGAGGACCAGUUCAUCAGCUUAAAAACAGAAAGCUUCUACCCAAUGAACCACCUACAAUUGAAACAAAUGAUCAAGAAAUGUCUAAACAAUUUGAGGAAUUCAUUGAUUUGAAAAAUAAAGCAAAACAAAAUGCAUUCAAAAGAAAAAAGAAGAAAAAGAAAGUGCAAAAGGACGAUUUUAUUAUUGUGAAAAAUCAUAUAGUCGAUAAAGAGGAACCUGGAAUGGAGAGAAAAGUGAAGAAGUUACCUGCUGUGAUAAAACAAAAGAAGACUGAAAGUGAGAAUCAGUUUUUCAAUAGAAUUCAAAGGAUGGCAGACAUAGCAUUAGCUGAAGCUAAAGUUGAAGAAAAAUAUAACAUCCAGUUGGUGGAUGUUGAUAAAAAAGGAAAUGCAAAGUAUGUUGAAACAAACUCUGAAGAUGGGUCAAAGCAACUUUCAGAAAAGAAAAAAGAGAAAAGGAAAAAACAUAAUGAAAGAAAAGAGGAGAAAAAAAAAUUAAAAAAGGAUGAUCCAGAAUUUGAAUUGAAGAAAGAAGUGGUACCAUUUGGUCAGGUGGCAAGUGCACCUCCAGUUUUAACAGCAAAAUUAAGAAAAGCUCCUGAGUUUGAUAAGGCAGGCAGAAGACAAUUACACCUGAAGAAUAUGUUGCCAUCUAAUCAAGAAAUAAGUAAGAGACAGGUCAGACUGCUGUCAACUAAAUUCAAACAUAUGCUCCCAGAUAAAAAGGAGUUAGAAAAUGAACGAUUAAGAGUUGUUCAGCUGUACAGAAUGAUGAAAAAUAAAAAAGCACCAUAGGA